GAGCGGAUCACCGUUGUAACGGAACGUCUUCGCGCGGUCUUCCUACAGUCAGUGCGCGCCAGCCAAGAGCGUUGAAUGGUGCAGUAAAGUGCGGUGACUCUGGGGGAAUCCUGGAGUAAAAUAUCUGGUCUAAAAAGAUGUUUCCAAGAAAUGGCGCUCUUUCACUUUGUGUUGUUCUGAGCUGCAUGGUUUGUGUUCAGCCUGAGCAAAAUGGCCGCAGGAAGCCAAAUUCAGUGGUCGGUGUGAAUACCACAUGCACAGCUGACACACUAACUGUAAAGAUCCUGAUGGAACAGCCAUUUCAAGGCCUACUUUAUGCACGGGGAUUCCCUCUGGAGUGCAGGGUGCAAGGAAUAGGUGGCACUGAUGUCACACUACACCUUCCUGCCACAGGAUGUGGAGUACGGGUCAUUCCAAGCAAGGAUGCUUUGGCCCUUGCAUACACUGUAGUGAUGGACAUCCAGAUAGAUAGACAUCUCCAGCAAGCAGCUGAUCAACAACGUACCAUCACCUGCCGACUGCCUGCUGACAGCCUGCUACUGUCACCAUCACUGACACUUGCCCAGGAACCAUUGCAUCCAUCUGCCAGGGUGGCACGCAAGAAAGCGGACAUUCCCAGUACAGAAUUCCACCAGCAGAAUACAGUAUUAACCACACCCUUGGGGCAGUCACGUGUGUGGAUGGAGAUUAAAGGACAGAGCAACUCUGGACAGGUGUCAGUGGGGGAAGAGACAAGCCUUCUCGUCAAGGCUCUCUUGCCAGCUGGGUUCGGAACCCAUGUGACAGACUGCGUAGCACAUGAUGGGGCAGGCGAGUCCUCACAGCACCUGCUGGAUGAGUGGGGCUGUCCAAUAGAUGAGCAGAUCCUGCCAGCCCUGCAACCCCUUCUACAUGAUGACAGUAGCUCCAAACUCAGGCUCCAGGUGGCAGGUGCUACCUUUGCAGCCUUCAAGUUCCCUGACCGGAACAACCUCCAUUUGCGGUGCACACUGCAGAUCUGUAGGGGCAGCUGUACCAAGAGGAACUGCAACUCAGUGGUCAGCAGCAAUUCAAGAAUCAGCCGCAAACUGAAGGAUGAGGAAGGUGAAGUGAUCAGCCAGUUAGAAGUGUUCAACAGUGUUGAGGUGCUGGCACCAGGCAUUGAAUUAGAUGAUGUGGACAGCCAACUCAACUCUGAUGAGCUCCCUGAGCCACCACUGAGGCUGCCACAUGGUGACCGGGCAUUCUGCCUGUCGCCACCCAAGAUGGCGCUGGCAUUUGGGGUGCUGGGGCUGGUGUUUGUCUGUGCCGUGGCUGUGGCACUGUACACAUUGCUGAAGGGGCGUCACCACUACCACAGCAAGGUCCAUCUAGGGGAGGAGACCCUCAUUGUGCAGGACAGUCCCUUCAUGGGACACCGCAUCCAGUGGCCCCAUAUCCGUGUCAUGCACUGACAGAUUCUCUUCUGUCUGUGCACAGUCAGUUCCCAUGAAAUCACUCUUUCUCAGAAUAAAAAUGAUUUCACUUAUUUCUUUGUUUUCGUUUUAUUGACAUGAUUGCUUAGAUGCAGUCCCUAUUGUUUCCAGUGAUUUGGAAACCAAAAUGAUUGUCAUGUAUACAUUUACUAUCAGUUUUGAAAUAAUUUUUGAUUCCUUCUCUUUCUCUUCUAGCACCAUUUUCAUUUUGUAAUUUUUGAUUGAUGAAAAGUCUCCAGCCUCUUGUUUCUCUCUCAGUCUUGCCAUUUUGAUUUCUUGCCCACUGUUUACUCUCCUUGGAAUGCCUUCUAGUACCUGGCUGAACCUUACAGCGUGUCUUGGUUGAAUUAAUACCCAUGGUAUAUGUCAUCAAGAUUAUUUCAUGUAAUUGACCAUCUAUUCUUAUCACAACAAUUCCUUCACAAAUACAAAAUUGUUUUGACAAGCAUAGAAUUACAAAAAAUAAUCUUGUACUUGUUAUUUAGUUAUAAAUGCAUCCCUCUUUCUGAGACUUUUUGUAUUACCAUUAUCCACUUCUGGCUUGCUAGUCCUGUCAGGAUUCUUGCUGUGCCUAAUCUGUGGCAAUCUGUGUAUCACCCUGGCAGGCACUCCUGUGCCUCCAAUGAUAAAGGCGCUGUACCAAGACUUUUGAAGGGUUUAAUCAUACUAAUUUUGAAAUGCAAGUGUACACAGUAUUAAGCAUAUUCUUUCUGGUUAAUUUUUUAUAGUUAGCUUCACUGCAGUCCAAGUAGCCCCUUUUGUCAUAAUUCCUGACAUUCAUAAAGGAAUUUUA